CUCGCGCCUCUGUCUGAACUCCAUCCCCCACAUCCUUCCCUCUCUCUCUCUCUUUCUCUCUGUCUCUCUCUCUCUCUCCUCCACCGACCACCCCUCCAUCCUCCUGCCCCUCCUCGCCUCCCCCCACCUCCCUCUCCGCCCCGUGGCGCGUCACGCUGUCUAUUUCAGCGCGAGCGGCAGGUAACAGCAGCGCGCGGACUGGUGGAGGCUUUGAUCCGGAUAGAGAGAGAGAGAGUGAUGAUGAUGCAGCAGAGGGAGCGGCCGCGCGCUGUCCUAGAGAAGCCCCCUCUCGCCUCUCUCCUUAAAUGACCCGCCGGAGGGGCUCACGCGCUCCCGCCCGGAUCAUGGCAUGCGCUUCAUCCCGCAGCUGCACACGCGCCACUGAACAUGGGGCCCAUCAGGGCCAGGGAUGGCGGCGGCAUCGGCGGCGGCGGCGCUGAGGAGGAGAAGGCGGCGCGCGACAGCAGCGGCACGAGGCGAAAGAGCGCGCUGGCCGGCGAGCUGGAGGCGUGCGCGGGACACGAGAAGGACGGCGCGCUGCUGCUGGCGGGCGCGGGCGCGGGCAGGGUGGCGGACUUCAAGCGCGGCUCGCAGAACAUCGGGCUGCUCGCCAAAACCCCGCUGGGCUACACGCGCCCCGUCAAGAGGAACAACGCGCGCAAGCGGCGCAUCCAGAACCUCAUCUACGACGCGCUCGAGAGACCGCGAGGAUGGGCGCUGCUCUACCACGCGUUUGUGUUUCUGAUAGUUCUGGCCUGUCUGAUUCUUGCGAUUUUGACCACAUUUAAGGAGUAUGAAGAUGACUCGGGUCACUGGCUGGUGGUUCUGGAAACCUUCACCAUCUUUAUUUUUGGGUCGGAGUUUGUGCUGAGGAUCUGGGCAGCAGGAUGCUGUUGUAGAUAUAAGGGCUGGAGAGGGCGGCUCAAAUUCGCCCGCAAACCACUGUGUAUACUGGAUAUCUUUGUGCUGAUAGCGUCUGUGCCUGUGGUGGCACUGGGAAAUCAGGGAAAUGUGUUGGCCACGUCACUUCGGAGUCUGCGGUUUCUGCAGAUCCUGCGGAUGCUGCGCAUGGACCGCCGAGGAGGAACCUGGAAACUGCUGGGGUCUGCCAUAUAUGCUCACAGCAAGGAGCUGAUCACUGCCUGGUACAUCGGUUUCCUGUCUCUGAUCUUGGCCUCGUUCCUGGUUUACCUGGUGGAGAAGGAUGUUGAAACGACAGAUGUGUUAGACAGAGAUAAUGUAACUCCUACGCAGGACUUUGACACCUACGCAGACGCACUGUGGUGGGGGCUGAUCACUUUGACGACCAUUGGCUAUGGUGAUAAGACACCAAAGACGUGGGCAGGACGUCUGCUCGCUGGGACGUUCGCUCUGAUUGGCGUUUCAUUCUUCGCUCUGCCGGCCGGUAUCCUGGGUUCUGGUUUGGCUCUGAAGGUUCAGGAGCAGCACAGGCAGAAACACUUUGAGAAGCGCAGACACCCUGCAGCUGGACUCAUACAGGCGGCUUGGCGAUACUAUGCUACGAAUCCAGUCAGAGAAGAUCUUAUAGCCACAUGGAGAUUCUAUGAAACAGUGAUAUCUCUGCCAUGCUUCAGGAAAGAAAAUCUGGAAGGCAUUGCCAGUCAGAAGCUGACUCUGCUGGACCGCGUGCGUCUGCCCACUCCUCGCCCGUCCUCAGUGAGGGGUCGCUUCACGUUGCCCAGUGGGAAUCCCGGGAGCGGGGGAGGAAGCUGUGGGCCGGUAGAAGCCAUGGAGAGUCCAUCUAAAGAGGCCAAACCUGCAGGCUUUACCAACAGAGAGAGAUUCAGGACCGCAUUCAGAAUGAAGGCCUAUGCUCUGAGACAGAGCUCAGAAGAUGCGGGGGGUCUGACAGAUCCUACACCUGAGGAAAAGGGCUUCCCACCGGACAUCCUGAUGGAGGAAAUGAUUCCUACACUCAAACUAGUCAUCAGAGCAGUACGGAUUCUGAUGUUCUUGUUGAAUAAGAAACACUUUAAGGAGACUCUCAGGCCAUAUGAUGUGAAGGAUGUGAUAGAGCAGUAUUCUGCAGGACACCUAGACAUGCUCUGCAGAAUCAAAUACCUCCAGACAAGGAUAGAUCUGAUUCUUGCUCCUGGACCCCCACUUACUCCAAAACACAAGAAGGCCCAGAAAACCCCUUUCCCCUACCCAACUCAACAGUCGCCCAAACAUGAGGCUUAUCUGGCUAAAACAGCACUACCGGAUGCUGAGGACCAAAGCAUGAUGAGUAGAUUUAUGCGUGUGGAGAGACAGGUGACAGACAUGGAGAAGAAGCUCGACUUCUUGGUGGACAUGCACAUGCAGCAUGACCUCACAGGCCCCGCCCACAUCACCAUGGAGCGCAACGACCCGUCAGUGACCGUCAGCGUGGCCGGAGACCGAGUGUUCUGCAGCUACGCUCCGCCUCUGCCCUACACAACGUACUACACACACUCACACACCACGCCCAACACACACUCUCAGUCCCACCCGGCCAGACCCACCGUCCUGCCCAUCAGCCCCCUGCCCAGCCACUCCCCCUCAGACCGCCCGGACCUAUCAGAACACGCCUGCGAGGGCCAGAGGGCGGGGACUCCGCUGUCCCUGCUGUCCGUCACACACGAGGAGCUGGAGCGCUCGCCCAGCGGCUUCAGCAUCUCCGCAGAGAGAGAGGAGAUGAUGGGCAAGGGGUCAGGGGUCACUGCGGGGUCGAGCUGGGGUCGGGAACGACACUAUCUGGCCGAAGGAGAGACGGAUACGGACACUGACCCCUUCACUCCCAGCGGACCUGUUCCACUGUCCUCUACCGGAGACGGAUUUACUGCUGAGGGAAUGUGGACCACUACUCCACCUUAAAAAAAAAAAAAAACACACACAUAUAUACACACACUCUCAGCACACACUUUUUAAAAAACCCUGCAAACUCUGUACAGCACUCACAAACACUCCCAUACACACACACACACACACACAAAAACUAUCAAUCAAACGCACACAGACCAUAAUACUCUUCAGAAAAUAAAUAAAUAUAUAAAUCUAUAUAAACAUCAUGUUUUACCGCUGCAAAGCAAGGAGCACUGCAUGGAAUGCAUGCGUUUUUCUCUUUUUCGUAUUUAGGGACUGCAGAACAGGAAGGGACUGAACGGGGGAAAAUAAAAAAACAAGGGAGGAGAAGAAGAAGAAGAAAAAGAAAAGAAAGAAAGCAAAACGAAUGCUAUGCCAUUUUUGUACACUUAUUUUUAUAUUUAAAACCAUCUAGCUUUUUUCAUAUGCAUGGACUGCAUGACGUACACCUAUAGAGCAGCUAACAAUAACAACGACUCUCCAGCUUUGCACUUAAUUUCAUUUAAUGUGCACCUGAUUCGUGUGGAGAACUUACUUUGUGUUCUGGAUCUUUUCGUUUGCACUUCAUUUGUUUUCUAGAACAAGAUUUAAGUUUGUUCAUUGGUUUAAUUGUUUUUCUAGAUGAUUUUGUUUGAUCUUAAUUGGUUUUCUAGACUUUUUUUAUCUUAAUUGGUUUUCUAGAUACUUUUGUUUGCACUUAGUUUGUUUUCUUGAUUUUUAGUUUGCAUUUAAUUUGUUUUCUUGAUUCUUUUUUCCCCUAAUUUGUUAGAUAAUUUUGUUUGCUCAUAAUGUAUGUUGUGUAUCACAUAAUUUGCACUUAAUUUAUGUCGUGGAUCAUUUUGUCUGCACUUGAUUUAUGUUGUGCAUCAUUUUGUUUGCACUUAAUUUGUUGGAUAAUUUAAUUUGCACUUAAGUUGCAUUGGGAAUACUUUUGUUUGCACUUAGUUUACAAUCUGGGUCACUUUGUUCUUAACUCAUUAGAUAAUUUAAUUUACACUUAUUUUAACAUUCUAGGUGAAUUCAUUUACACUUAAUUUAAGUUCUGGAUCAUUUACUUUGCACAUAAUUUACAUUCUGAAUCUGAUGGACAGUUUUUUGUUACGUUUUUUUCUGAUAGCAGACGGAAAGUUGCUGUUUCUCUUGUUUACAUGUUUGUUUACAGUUGUAUAUUGUUGCGUUGGUUUAUUAAGGAUGUGUGUCAGCUUUAUUGUCAGGCCUGUUCGAUUUUUCUGCUUCUCUCCAGCGUUGCUUUUCGCUCUAAUGAGUAGAGAGUAGGCCUGUCACGAUACGUACGUUAGUGAUAUACACUGAUCAAGCAUUACAUUAUGACCAUUAUCCAUUUUUUUCAGCUCCACUGAACAUAUAGGAGCAUUUUGUAGUUCUAGUCGUUCUGUUUCUCUGUAUAUUUUAUUAUUAUCCUCCCUUCACUCUCUUCUUCAAUGGUGGUGGUGUAUGAGGUGUUAGUGUGUGUUGUGUUGCUAUUACAGUGAAUAGAUCAGAUACAGCAGUGCUGCUGGAGUUUUUAAACACCUCAGUUUCACUGCUGGACUGAGAAAAUUCCACUAACCAGAAAUAUCCAUCCAACUGCAUCCUGUGAGUCCUAUGUGCUGUAAGCAUUGAUGAAUUAGUGGUGCAUCAUAGGGCUGCAAUGAUUAGUCGAUAUAAUCGACAAUGUUGAUUAUUGAAAUUUGUCGACUACAAAUUUCAUUGUCGACUAAUCGUUAAUUUGUAACAGUACUGAAGUGCUGGGGACAGGAGUGCAAUGGGUGAUGGGUAAAUGACUCUUAAGUUUGUGUCCCCAAGAGUGCCCAAACCCAACAAAUUACAUAUUUACUCACUAAAUAUCAGUCCUUUUCACAUUUAAACAACAUCUAGACAUUUAAAUGCCUUUUAAAUCUCAUGAUCAUUUGUUUGUAUUGUUUUUAGAGAUGGCGAACAUGGCAAAUUAAUUGCUGACUAAUUGACUAAUCGAAAAAAUAAUCAUCUGAUUAGUUGACUACCAAAAUAAUUAAUCGUUGCAACCCUAUUGUAGCUGAAUUUAAUUUAUCUACAAGGUGGAGCAGCUGUAGGUGAACACAGUGUUUAAAAACUCCAGGAGCACUGCUGUAUCUGAUCCACUCACUGUACCAGCACAACAAACUCUACUGUAAAAUGUCCAAUAUGAUGAGUGGAGCUGAAAUAAUUGAUAAUAACUGUAGAAAUAAGUAGAUAGUCAUGUCUAGUCAAGUCAAGUAUGAGUUUUUAAUAUUGUAAUAAUAAUAAUAAUUAAUAAUUUGGCAGAACGAAUUGCCAAAAAAAAUCAUAAACACCUUCCAAACUAUUUUAACUAAAUACCAUCUGUAAGUUCUUUAAAAGGGUUUAAAAUAAGCUUAAAAUAAGACAGUAAUAAAUAUCAAUAUAUCCAAAUGUAAAAAGUUAUCGUGACAGGCCUAGUAGAGAGUUCUAACUGUCACAGAGAGCACGUCCCAAAUCACACCGUAUUGUGAAAGCUACCAAGUGCACUUCCUUGGACAUCACUCUGAAAACACUCACGCAGCGCGAGUGCAGACAGCGGUGACGUGUGACGUAGACAUAGAAGUAGAAGUAGACUAGGGACCAAACGAACCAGGCCUCCAAUGCUGCUCUGUCCAAUCAGGAACUGUUCUAUGACAUCACCACAUGGCUAUCACCACAUGGCUUCUGCCCAGCCAAUCACAGACCAUGGAAGCAUGGAGGUCUGCUCUGCCACUCUAGCGUGAUUGAUUGCUUUUCACAGCUUCUAAACUGCCAGCUCAACGAAUGUCGUUUCUGUAACAGCGCCAUGAAAAAAUCUGUUGCUUCUGUCUUCAUAGUUACUAGAGAUGCACCGAAUGUUUUGGCUAAAAUAACUAAAAAAUAAUAGUUUUUUGCAGAAGGCAAUUUCAAAAGUAAAAUUUUCUAAAAUAUUUAUGGAACCAACAAAGCACAGCACAAAAUCAGUGCAGAGGACUUUUAUUUUGAAACAAGGGAUACAGACACAGCCUCCAGUCUCUGCUCAGCUGGUUUAGCCAUGUUAAAAUAAGUAUGGAAUGCUGUCAGCCUCUGCUGCAUUGGAUAUUUAUUAUAACUGUUUUUUUUUUAGAGCUGGAUUGCUCACAGAUAGUUGAUGACAGACUUGAUGACACACUGUCCUGUGGCUAUAGAAAGCUUUAGGCUUUGCUUCAUUAUGUGUCUUUGAAUCUUUUAAUACAGUAAAGUGCCACCACUGCCAAUAAAAAUCCUAACAUUAGAGAAAACAAUGCCUUAUGGCCAUAAGUCAUAAGGUUCUGUAUGAUUUAUUCUGUAUUUUCUCUUUUCUGCCAAACACCGAAAGUGCUUUUUUAGCUUAAUAUUUUCUGUUCCCAAAUAUUUUUAGUUGCCAAAUAUUCAGUGCAUCCCUACUGAUUACCAUCCAUAAACCUCAAGUCACUUCAGUCCAGCACAGAGAGAUUGUUGAUGCUGAGUUUGGUUGUACUUCAAAUAGCACCACUGAACUGUUACUUCUGUCUUCGUAAUUACUAGAAAUGCACCGAAUGUGUUGGCUAAAAUAACUAAAAAUUUUUUUUUUUUUUUGCAGAAGGCAAUUUCAAAAGUACAAUUGUUUUAAAAUAUUUAUGAAACACCAAGCAUUUCUAUAAUCUUAGCAGACAAACCAACAAAGCACACCACAGAACUAGUGCAGAGGACUUUUAUUUUGAAACAAGGGAUGCCGACAGCCUACGGUCUCUGCUUAGCUGGUUUAGCCAUGUUAAAAAAAAGUAUGGAAAGCUAAUAGCUUUUGCUGCAUUGGAGACUUAUUAGAACUGUUUUUCAGAGCUGGAUUACUCACUGAUACUUGAUGACAGACUUGAUUGCACACUGCCUCUUUGGCUAUAGGGGGCAUUUCUGUCUGUUGAAAGCUUUAAGCUGUGCCACUUUGUGUGUCUUUUAAUCCAGUAAAGUGCCACCACUGCCAAAAAAAUUCCUAACAUUAGAGAAACACACUUGUUCUGCUAAACACCGAAAGUGCUUUUUUUUAGUUCCCAAAUAUUUUCAGUUGCCAAAUAUUCGGUGCAUCCCUACUAAUUACCACUCAUAAACCUCACCUCAUUUCAGUCAUUUCAGUCCAGCACAGAGAGGUUGUUGAUGCUGAGUUUGGUUGUACUUUUUAACGCAAGGCUUUUAACACUAGCUAGCAUCAAAUACGUUUGCAUUUGCCAGGUUUACAGCAUAACGACGGUACCUAAUUAAACUGAUUAAACUUAGUUACUGUAAAUGACAGGCUGUAGAUUGGUGUAUAUAUUAAAUAUAUAUUUAUAGGUCUUCCUAAAACGUCAUUUUAAACAGGCUGUCAUUAGUUGACGUUGCACAGUCCACAAAUCUAAACCCCUUCGACUCUAAGGGACCAAAAAACAAGCUUACACUUUCAAUUUAAAUAUUACACGCUCCUAAUUUAUUUAAUCUUAUUUUAGCCUACUGUAGGUACGGUAAAAUUGCACUGAGUAUGAACUUCUGAAUCAUUUCCCCAUGAAGGAAAUACUGUAUACCACAUUUACAUGUUUUUAUUUUUGUCUUUAGUUUCUGUAUGUUUGCUUAUAAUCUUGUUUAUGUAACAGCUCAUUCAUGUACAAGUUAUACAAAAAAAAGUUAUACAUAGUUGCACUCAGAAGGAAUUAACUGACAGGAAUACAACUUGAUAGGUAGGUAGGGUGUCAUCUUCAGUGACGAGUCCUGAUUUCAUCUUGGUGGAGGCACCAUGUUCAGCACCAAGAUCAACAGUUUUUCACUGUGUGUCACACAUCCAGAAGUAAUACUGGUGGUCAGAUGUGGGGUGCAGUUUUGAUUACCUUUGGCCUUAAUUACAGGCACUUAUAGGAAUGUUCAAUAAUGAAUGCGAACUUAAUAUAUACAUUUCAACGUGCAAAUUGCCUGUUUCUACUACACUAGUAAAUUACCCAGCUAUGGUCAGCAACCUUACUGAUGCUCAGUGAUAAACUGUUAAGCCAAAAACUAGCCAGCUUACUUAUUUCCAUGGCUGCAACACACUGUUUGCAUGCUGCUAUCCAUACCUGACAACCCUGAGUGUGGAAAUGGCAAUGAGGGAAUGGUGUUGGGCAGAUUCAGAGGCCACAUCCCACACAGAUUUUAAUGAUGUACCGCACAGUUCCAGUAAGAAAAUACUGGCUAAAGGUCUGCUGACAAGAGCUGCCAGUGCUUAAACUUAGCAUGUUUCCUUAAUACAGCUCUGGAAAAAAAAAUAAGAGAGCACUUCAAAAUGAUGAGUUUCUUUGUUUUUAUCAAAUUUAAAACCUCUGGAAUAAAAUCUAGAGGAAGAUGGAUGAUCACAAGCCAUCAAAUCAAACUGAACUGCUUGAAUGUUUGCACCAGGAGUAAAGGCAUAAAGUUAUACAAAAGCAUUGUGUAAGUCUGGUGGAGGAGAACACGCCAAGAUGAAUGAAAACUGUGAUUAAAAACCAACCAGGGUUAUUCCACCAAAUAUUGAUUUCUGAACUCUUAAAACUUUAUGAAUAUGAACUUGUAUUCUCUGCAUUAUUUGAGGUCUGAAAGAUUUGCGUCUUUUUUGUUAUUUCAGCCAUUUCUCAUUUUCUGCAAAUAAAUGCUCUAAAUGACAAUAUUUUUAUUUGGAUUUUACUCAAACAUAUACAUAUAAAUGGCAAAAUCAGGUGGUCUCUUUUCCAGAGCUAUGUCUGAUGAUGCUUCCUGAUCAUGUUAUGAGUUACUAUAGAAAAUAUCAAUUUGUGAGAUGCUAUUGGACAUAUCUUUCAUCAGUACAUCCUCAAAACUCCACUCCUACAGCAAAAUCUGCAGGAAUUGUGUGUAAAUAUUCAAGCUGAAUGGGAAAGGUUUUCACAGGUCACCAUUAGGAACCUCUACAACUCCAUCUACCAUUGCAAUCUGACACCUCCUUCUGGGUGCAACUAUUUUUGCAGCUGUUUUUUUGACGAUGAGCAUAUGUUCUACUGUAUCUGAUAAUGUGAGGCUUGUCAGGCUUUAUAGAAUAUGGUGUUGGGCUGUAAUGAUGGGGCCUAUUUGGGAAACCCAAUUGGAUCCCACCUAGCCCACCUACAGGGGUUGGACAAUGAGACUGAAACAUCUUGUUUUAGAGCACAAUAAUGUAUUGUCUCGGCAGACAGUUCAGGUGGAAACAGGAGAGUAGAGGUGCACAUUGAAUUCUGCCGUGAUUUAGGCAGCCAUGGUUUUAUGUUUUUUGGAUACAAUCCGGGUUAGCACCCAAACAUCCCUUUCAGACAGCUUCCUCUUACAGCGUCCACAGUUAAUCCUGUUGGAUGUGGUUGGUCCUUCUUGGUGGUAUUCUGAUGUUACCCUGGAUACCGUGGCUCUUGAUACACCACAAAGACUUGCUGUCUUGGUCACAGAUGUGCCAGCAAGACGUGCACCAACAAUUUGUUCUCUUUUGAACUCUGGUAUGUCACCCAUAAUGUUGUGUGUAUUGCAAUAUUUUGAGCAGAACUGUGCUCUUACUCUGCUAUAUGAACCUUCACACUCUGCUCUUACUGGUGCAAUGUGUAAUUAAUGAAGAUUGACCACCAGGCCGCUCCAAUUUAGCCAUGAAACCUCCCACACUAAAAUGAUGACAGGUGUUUCAGUUUCAUUGUCCAACCCCUGUAAUUUCACCCCACAUGAACAGGUUUGCUGGGAUGUCAGUGUAGCAAACUAUGGUAACGAUAUUGAUCAAUACUAACAGAGAGCAAUUACAGACGACACAUUCACAAAUAGAAAACGGACAGAAAAACGUAUGUUUUCCUGUUGUUUAUUUAUUUAUUUUUCAUUAGGUUAAGUGGUUGAGGUUGUUUUUGCUAUGGUCCUGUAAAGCUGGUGCGUUUUCUAUAAAACGCUGCGUAUGCUGGCAGAGCACAGGUACAGUAAGGUCCAUUAAUGGCCUGAUCCAGAACUGCAGUUGAGUAGAUUAUGUGGCUUUCUUAAGGCAUGCAGUAUAUGGGUUUAUUGAGAAAAGCACUUACCGCAUUACAGGCAGCCCUAAUGUGCACCAGAGUGCAUUAACUGGAGCAGGGCUGAAGGCCCAGGAGUCUCAAAUCCAAUCAGAAAGAGCCUCAAAACUGCAACACAUGGCCCUCUGAGACUGAGGCCUGACCUCACUGCACUAAACUACGCUGACUAAACUUCAGUUCACUGAUAUUAAAAACUGUGGAAAUGCAUUGCUAUGGAAUCCUAUUACCUCCACCUAAAAAAAAAUUGUAAUUCAGCACAUUUUUAAAAAUUAUUUUUAACUGCUAUCUCAAUAUGGUGACAUACUAUCUUAUUAUUUUGAGAUAUUAAGUGAAUAUUUUGAGAUACUAAGUCAUUAUUUUGAGAUAGUAAGAAUUUUGUUUAAUGAAUUUUUUUUUUUUUU